GGGUGAUUCUUGCCGUGCCAUAUGUAGCACCUUAUGAUUUAGCAGUCUACAUCAUAUGUAUUUUAAUUGGAUCACGGGGUUUAAAAGUACAACUUUCCAAAAAAAUUGAAAAUUCAAACUCACCUACGACUAGUCUACAUG